UUGCCUAAUUCGUUUUAUUCGUUGUUUUUUUAAGAAAUAAUUUUUUUUCGUAUCUUAUUACUUACCACGACGUACUUUGGCAUCAAAUGCAAUAAUCCGGGAAUGACGGCAGCGAAGGAGAAAUUAUUUGUAUAUUUUAAGUUAAAUUGAUUAGAGUGAAAAGUUGAAUAUUUAGAUAUGAAUUUAAUAAUGUUUAUACGAAAUAACAUUCUUAAAAAUUCAAUAUACUUUCAUAUAAACCAUAUCUAACAAAUUAAUUGAUCUCUUGACAAGUAUUCGAUCUCUAGAUUUGUAGAGUUUGCGUACAUAACAAACUAGACUAAUUAAGAGACUAUAGCGAAUAAAAUUCGUUUUAAAUCUCCUUGCUACAUACAAUAUUACACAGAUAAAAAAAGUAAUAUCUGAAUGUAUUAUCUUCUCAAAGUGAUGAUGAUCAUCUAUUAAAAUCUACUCCACUUUCAAUCAAUAUGGCUAGUGGUGGUAAAGAGUCUGAUAGAUCUGAUGAUGAAAUUCAAAAACCAUUUAAUACAGGUAAAAAGAAUUGCAAGAAAAUUCUUAGCAGUGAGUCAGAGGAAGACAGUGAUGUAGAAAUAAGGCCUAAAAAAGUCAAGCCAAUACAGUGUGAAAGUGAGGUCAAUUCCUCAGCGGAUGAGCUUAAAGAAAUAAUCUCGGAUCAUAGACUAGGUGCUGAAGCCUCUACUGAUUUAAGUGACAAUGAACAAUCUGAGAAAUGUGCAAUAUGCCUCAGUAAAUUUCUAGGACAAGACAUAGCUACUCCUGAGACCUGUGAUCAUGUAUUUUGCCUUGAGUGCUUGCAAGAAUGGGCCAAGAAUGUCAACACUUGUCCGAUCGAUAGAUUGAAGUUCAACAUAAUAUUGAUUCGUCACCACAAAGAAGAAAAAAUAAUUAAAAAGAUAUUUGUUAACAAUUCUGAACUUCCCUACAAUUCUGAACUAGAAUCAGAAUCUAAUACUGAAAGUCAAGCAAAUUUUUGUGAAGUGUGUAAUGAAGAGGAAGGUGAUGAGUCUCUCUUAUUGUGCCAUGAAUGUCAAAAGUUUUAUCAUUAUGCAUGCAUCAGAACUCUUUGUAAUCCUCAUAUGGAUUUUUGGCAAUGUCCUACAUGUGAGAACUACAUUCGAAUCAGAGAUAAAUGUUUGCUGGAUUUUCAUCGGGUGCUACAGAGCAUUAAACGUCGUUUUAGCAAUUCUCGGACAUUUCCCCGUAGUAGAAUUUCUCAACCAGCAAUGCCACAGGCUCUACGUAGCCCACAUUCAACAAGGGAAUAUGCUAGAGUGCGCCAGCGCUUUCUCUAUCAAAAAUCUCUUGUCCGGAGUAUUCUAUCAACGUCAGAGUCCUCUGAUGAAGAAUUAGAUCAUCGAUCUGCCAAUACUCGAUUAUAUCAAAAUCAGGUUGUAACAAAUGGAACAAAAUCAAGAUGUCCCUUAAUGAGUACUAAACGCAGGAAUGAAUUAUACAGGGCCAGAAAUCAAAGAUUACUUACAUCUGCCACUACUGCAGCUACUACUAACUCUCAAAGUCACUAUACAAUGGAUUCUGAUGAAGGCUAUAGUGAUUUUAGGUUGCCUUCCUCUCCUACAGCAGAUAAUUUCGAUGUUGUUGGUAGUAUUCUUCAAAGCCAGAGUCUCCUGCAUAGUCCGGAUGUCCUAACUGUUUCUAGAGAUGGUUCCGUAUUACGUAAUUCAAGCAUUAAAACAAGAACACUUCUCAAUUUAGAUUCAAUGUUCCCUUUAUCUGUUUCUGGAGAAAACAGUGAAAGUGAAAGUCCAUUUGCUAAUUCAUCCUUCUUUAGUGAUAAUGCGGUAUCUCCAUACAUUAACAAGGCAGUUGGGAAGCAAAUCCCUCUACAUUCCACUCAAAGCAACUCCAAAUAUGGUGAGACACCUAGGCAGAAUUACUCUUGUAGCUCAUCAUCUGCUCCUAGGGAGCGACCUUUAAGUUAUGAUGAGUGUAUCCUGUCAGGAUCUGCAUUUGGUGGAGGAGGUAAUGAACGAUAUAACAAUGAGCCUAAUUCUCCUACUGGUCCUAAGAGUUUUUGUUGUACAUCUACCUCUGAUGACAUGAAAAAAACACAAGACUCAAAUAAAGAUAAUAAAAGCCACCAUAGUGAAGAUGAAGUAGAUAUUUACAGUGAUAUUGAAUCUGUUGGAGAAGAAGAUAACUCUUUGUCUGAUCAAGUUGAACCAGUUAAGAUUUCAUAUAAAUGUGUGGAAGAAUCUCAGCAGAGUGACACUAAUGAUGUAAGUGACUCAACUGACAAUGAGCUAGUGAUCGAUGAAGACAUGCCAGCUGAAGAAGAAAGUGAGAGAAUAACUGAACCUCAGGGAUUUGCAUGUUCCAAAAUCAAUAAUGUGGCAGGUGAUGCAAAUGCUAGAGCUUCUUAUCAAGUUGAUAUUGAUUGUGAUCAAUCUAGUUCUCCAAUUUUAAAUAAAAAUUAUGAUAAGUAUACUGGUAGAAUCUCAUUAAAAAGAAGUUCCUGUGAAGAGAGUGGUAAAAAACAUGACACUCAGACUCAAAAUACACAAAUGAAUGAAUCUUGUAGCGAUGAAGAAAAUCAAGAGAGUGAUAUGGAAGUGCAAGAUGAGGAAAAUUCUGUGGAUUCUACUAGAAAAAGCUACCAAGGCUAUGGUAGCAAUUCAUGCAGCGUAAAGUCAUCUCCUAAGUCUCUUACUCAGUGUGAAAAUAGCAUUUGUAAUGAAAAUGAUUUCUGUGAAAAUGAUAACUCUGCAUUAGAACCUGUUGGGAAAAAUACUCCUGAAGCUCUAAAUAGUUGCACCAAUGACAAUACUAAUGAUUCUAUGUCUCAAAUGGAAGUAGAUGAGUUUCAAGAAAAUACUUCAAAUGUCAGUGAUUCCACUUCUCAUACUGAGCAACCUUAUAAACAUAAAAAGUAUAAUUUUUGUGUUGCCAGUGAUCGUAAUGAAAUCCGUCAUGUGGACUUGAAUGAAAACUCCCAGCCUGGUGCUAACUCUAAUUCUAGUUCUGCUCAUUCUUCUAGGAAUGACAGAAGAAUUCUACCAGAAGAGUGCGCUAUCUCCCAAAGUGAAAACAAUUCCCAUUUUAGCUUUUCCAGCAAUCAGCAAAAUGCGGAUAGAAGUGAGCCAGAAGAUGGUGGAGAUUCCAAUGACUCAAACUGCCGUGAUUCACAGGUUGGAAGCGGUGCUACUUUUAAUUUUAAAAAUAGUGAACAACAUAUUGAGCAAGGGGAGACAGGAGAAUGCACUGAUGAAAAUUCUCAGAAUGAAGUUGGUGAAUAUAUGGAUGAAAAUUCUUUAAAUGAAACACAACUUAGUCCCAAUUCCUCAAAACAUAAGAAUGAUGAUAGUGAUGGAGAUAAUCAAGUUAACUCAAAUCAAAAUGUGAGUGUUGAUAAUGAAUCAAGUUUCAAUUUUUCAAAUAGACAACAGAAUGAUGACGAUGAAAGUGAUGUUGAAGAUAUCACUGAUUCAAAUCCUCCACCUUCUCAGGGGGUUACUGGCACUGUCACUACAGAAACAAUAAACAUUUCUAAUGACGAGACUGUCAAAUCUGACAAUGAAUAUGAAGAUUGUGAGUCUUUUGAGGAUGCCAGUACUCCUUGUUUAGAUGAAAAUUUAGAAGGAGAAAUAGAAAAUUCACCCAUGCAGGCUGUUCAUUGUGAAAAUGCUAAUCAAGAUUUUUCAAGAACACCAGAUUAUGAAUAUGAAAAUGAUGCCCCUGGCAAACAAGAAGACAAUGUAGUAAACAAUAAUGCAUCUGAUAAUGUUAAAGAUCCAGAUGUUGAUUUAGGAAUAGAAGACAUUUCUGAAGCUGGUAGUGAAGAUCUUGAUGAAUUUCCUGAUGAACCAGCUUCUGAAAAGGGGAAAGGAAAUCAUCAAACAAAAACUUCAGGAGCAACUGAAAGCUCUUCACGAUAUGUUUCUGAUGAUAAUAAAAAAUUCUCUGAUCAGGUAUUUGAAGAUCAAGAAGAAGGGGAAAUAAUUGAAGACAAACCUGCCAGAGAGACUGAAAGAAGAAAGAGAGAUCGUUAUUAUGAUGAUACUAGUGAUUAUGUGGAACGUGCUCCACGAAUGAGCAUUUCAGAUUUGCCUAGAAUUCCUAAAUUAAAAAGAAAUCGCGAUAAGGAUAACGUUCAAGAACCACCCUCGUUUGAUAACAAGCGUACAAGUGUAUUGAGUAGAGUUGAUUUGGGAGCUGGUGAUGUUAGUUGGAAAAGACUUUCAAAACAUACACGUGAAAGAAGCUACCGUGAUGGCAGACCUAAAGAUGAAAGAUUAUUGUAUCGAGAAAGAGAAUCUAGAAAUAAAGAACGAAAGAACUUUGAUAAUAAUAGGAGGACUGACAGUAAAAGCAGUGAUCGCAGACGUGAAGAUAAAAAGAAAGGUUCAGAAAAAUCUAAAAAUGAAUCACGUUCUCGGAAAAAUGAUAAAAGUAAAGAAGACUGGGAUUAUUCUGAUCGGGAUAAAAAGAAAUACCACAAGGAUCAUAAAGAUAGGCAUCCUAAAGAAAAGCAUUCCAAAGAUAGAAAAGAUAAACAUGAUAAGAGUAGACAUUCUAAAGAAGAAUCAAAAUAUGAUAAAGAAAGAGAAAAAAUAAAAGAUGAUAAUAGGUAUGAAAGAGAUUCCAGGUAUGAUAAAGAAGAGAGAUUUGAAAGAGCAAUCUAUGAAAAAACUAAAUCUAAAGAUAAAGAACACAAAAACAAACGAAAGGAUCGUAAGGAUGAUAAUAUCAAAGCUUCUAAAGAUCAUUCCCGUGAAAAACAUAAGCACACACAUCCUCAUGAGAGUUUCAUUGACAAACAAAGAGAGGUGCUUAAAAUUGAUGACAAGUUGAAAAUUGUAGUUGAACAAAAAGACCGAAAAGAGAAAUCAAAGACUAAAGAUAAGAAAGAUCCAAAACUUGAAAAAGAACUUCAUCAGCGCAAAAGGGAAACUGAAAGGAAUGCCUAUUCUGAGAUGACUUCAAUAGAGUCCAAAGAAAUAUUUGCAAAAGGUGAUAGCAUUAUCAUUAAUGUCAGUUUUAAUCGUAAUUCCUCUCCCAAAGAUGUAUCCACUUCAGAAGCACUUGAAGUAAACUCGGCGGAUCAGAUAUUAACUAAGGAAGAUCUUGAUAAAGAUGCAAAUUUGAAUGAAGAUUUAAGGAGCAAAUCUAAAAGUUCAGAUAAAAAAUCUUCAUUAGAUGGCAUGUCAGUUAAAAGACCUGUUACCCCACCGGAAAGACCUACCCAAGUAUUGUCAGUUAGCGAGAGCUAUUGGCAAGGUGGUGAUGAUCCUGAUGGUAACAAUUCUAUUGCUUCUGAUAAGUCAGAUGAAGAGUCCCAUCAUGAUGAUGACAAUGAUUCUGUUGGAUCAGUUAAUGAUGCAGAUAAUUUCAGUAAUAGUUCAAAUAGUACUGAUGAUCUUGCAAAUCAAGAAGCAAAGGAUGGAACCAUUGAAAUGGAAGCAAAGUCUACUGUAUCUGAAGAAUUAAUUGAUAAAUUUUCCAAAGAAGAAGAUACUUUUAUCUCAAAAAGAAGAUCCCCUCGAUCACCAUCACCUCCGUCUCCUGCUGAUAAUGACAGUUAUGAUCCAUGUGAGCCCACAAAAAGUCCAUCUCCAUCCUUUCCUGCACCACCACCCCUACCAUCAUCAAAUCCUAAACCUCCUCCUUCCCCUGAACUGCCUCCUUUGCCACCUGAACCUGAGCCAACUGAUGUUGUUCAUGAAGAGUCUCAUAGUGUUCUUCAUAACCAAACUCCUCCUGUAGUUUCCAGCACUGCUCAACCAGUUACUGUUGAAACUCAAACACCAAGUUCACUUGCUUUUACUGGUAUGCUACUGCCGCCUCCAAGUUUCUUGUCUCAUUCAUCUCAAGCUAACAACUUAUCUAACAUCUCCUCUUUACUACCCCCUAGAACUUUGAGUUUUCAAGUAAAUGGCUCUAAUAUUUUAGCUACAAAUCACAUGCCUCCUGUAAUGGCUGGAAAUUUUAUACAUACAGAUACCUCUCUGCCACCACCACCCAACCCCCCUAACAUUCCUCAUAUGACUUCAGUGCCGCCACCUCCGCCACCACCAUCAGCCAUUAGUUUAAUUUCUCAAAUUAGACACCCUCAACUAAAUGUUCAACCCCCAUUACCACCCAAUUCGAUUCUUCAGAACCUGGGUAUUGCUCAUAACCUCAAUAUACCACAAUUGCAGUUACCUCCCCUUCCUCACCUUCCACCUAAUUUAUGUGCAGCUUUAGCAAAUCAUCAAUCGCCAUUACCAUUUACAACUCAAAACCUGCCUGUCAGUCUUCCUAGCAAUAUUACCAAUCAACAAAGCAACAGGUUUUUAGCACCAAAUCAAGUUCCGCUUAUGCCAAAUCAAAAUAUUAGCAAUAAUAAACCUCAUGUUAUGUCCAUUACACAAAUGCUUUCUCAUUGCCAAACUAUACCAGUAAGCUCCAAUCAAAAAUCAGAACAGCCUUCUAAACCUCCUACUCCUGGAGAAAAGAAUGAAGUUAUUGAUAUGGAUGUAGAUUCACCAUACUCACCAGGUGACUGUUCUGUUGAUAGUGUAAAUGAUUAUUCUCCCACAGGUUCUCCUCUGCCAUCAACUCCAAAAGAAACUGGAGACAUUUUUGAUACUCUGUUUUCUGCUGAUAUCAGGACUUCUGAAAAACGGCCUCACGAAUCUGUAUCAAAACAUGAACGUUCAAAAUCACGCUCAGGGUCAAAAGGUACUAAUGAAUCCUCGUCUAAAAAAUCCAAGCAUGAUCACAGAACAGACUCUAAAUCAAAGCAUUCUGUAAAAAUGCAAAUAGAGAAAAACAAGAAAGCUCGCAAAGAGCAAAAAAUUGCUGAAAAAAUCUUAAAAUUGGAGGACUCACAAUUGAAAAUUUUAGAUGAACUUCCAAGUUCUGCUGUAGAGAUGCAAGUUAAAGAGAAGUUUUUAAAGAAACUGAACCGGCAGGAACGUGUAAUAGAGGAAGUAAAAUUAGCAUUGAAACCUUUUUAUAAAUCAAGAGAUGUAAAUAAAGAAGAAUACAAAGAUAUUCUUAGAAGAGCUGUUCCCAAAAUAUGUCAUAACAAGUCUGGUGAAAUUAACCCUGUGAAAGUCAAAUAUCUUGUAGAGUGUUAUAUUAAGAAAGUAAGACAUUCGAAAAAGAGAAGUGAUAAAAAGAAAUCUAAAUUUUCAUGAUAGGAAAUAAGAAUGCAUAACAUUUUAAACUGUGUUUUAAAAUUUCCUGUGCUAGACUAAGUGAUAAAAAACGUUUUUGCACAGUUUCUUUUUACAGCAUUUAUUGUUGUGGUUAUUUAUUGUAAAGCUUCUGGGAAUUGGAUUGUAAAUAAUUUACCCUUGUCAUUUACAGUGAUCAAGUAAUAUGAAAACUAUUUUUUCCUGCUAUUAGGUCAUUUCAUGUGUACAGUUUAUGUCAUAUUGUAUGUAAAAAUAUAUAGAAAUUUUUUAUCUUGUGCUAGCAGUUCUGAAUCAUAUGGAACAUUCACAAGUGGCGCAAACUUCAUUGUUUAGUAUUUUUUAUAAACAUAUAUUUAAACCAUUUGCUUAAUAAAGCAGAUAUAUAUGAUUGCUAUGGAAUAAUUUUUCUUGAAUGAAUACAAAAGUAUAAAAAAUAUUUAAGUACUACUGUUCCAAUUGUUUUAAUUCUGAAAUUCUUCUUUUAAUAUUAUAAUUGGGAAUAUUUUGCAGUUAAUGUUUGAUGGCUAUAAUUUGUUAUCAAGUUUUUUUUUUUUUUUUUUNUUUUUUUUUUUGUGAAUUAGUUUUACUCCUGUAAAAGUGUCCACUUACAUAACCUGCAUUUUUCAAAGAGCGAGAGUAGUUUCCCGAAUCGAAUAACAAAAAAUGAAUAUUUUAAAAUACUUUUCAUGAUUUAGUAAUACUAGAACUAAAGAAAAGGAUCCUUCUCUUGAAUAAAGUUUCUCUAAAUAUUUUUUUCAAAACAAUUUCUUAUGUAAAUAUUAUAUAAAAGUUAUGGGUGCCUGACAAAUGAAUGCUUAAAGUAUUUACCAUAUCUGUAAUUCAGUCAGCUAUAAUUGGGAACUUUUUAAACAAAAUAUAACGAUAACACUACGUUGAUCAUGGUGCUAGUGACUGUCGUGUGUAAAUGUACUAACUGUGAGUAGCUUUGAAAUUUCAUGGCUUGUUGAGCUAGGGUUUAAUCUGAGGAUAAGAAUAAAAUAUACAUUAUUACUUAUUUUAAAUUUUUUAACGUGUAUAGAAUAUCUUUUUACAAUAUUUGACCCAGUUUCUAAAAAUUUAUUUUGUUUAAAUCAAACAGCUUUAAAAUUGUGAAAAUAAUGGUUGCAAAAAUGAAAUGAUAAUGAAUCUGUUCCCAUAUUUAAUAUGAUUUUACUAUCCUGUUAGUUGUAUCAAACCAUAUUUUAGGUUGUUGUUUUUUGUUUGUUUUUUCCAGUAGCGGAAUCUGUACCAUAUUUAAUAUAGUUUUUCGCAAAUCACUAUCUUUUUCCUCAUCAAAACCAUGUUAAUUGUAUCAAACUAUAUAUAAUGGUUUUUUUUUAUUAUUAUUUAUAUAUAUAUAUAUAUUCUCGGUUAUAAAUACCAAUGAUUUACAACUGAGCCUAAGUUGCAUAAAUUAUUAUCUGUUUCAUCUCUUUAAACAUAUAAUUGUUAAAAGUUUAUUUACACAAUUUUCAAGCAAUAACUGCUGCCGAGCAACGCAAAAACUUUUGUUUCAGCAAAUUUUUCUUUUCCUUUCUGGCAUAUAACAAACAAAAAAAACUUGAUUAAAGCAGUUUUCAAAAGCCAUUUAUUUUUUAAAUAUAUGAUUGUUAUUGUUACAUUUAAUAUUUUGAAUAAUUUUAUUCAUUAAAAAUAGAAUGCCUAUCCAUAAUUUUGGGAUUCCUUAGAUGUAGAUACUAGAGGGGAAAAAAAAGAAUACAUUUCAAUAAUUUUGGGAUUCCUUUAGAUAGAUAUACUAAGUGGGGGAGAGAUUUUGUAGUUUCUAUAUGGUUAAUUAUGGCUCUCAGCCAAUCUCAAAUCCGUAUAACACGCCUCUGUAUAUCAUCCUAUCUCUAUUUAUAUAAAUAGGACCCCAAGGUUUUGGUUGCUAUAGUAAUUUUUACUGAAGUAUUCAAUUAAAUUUAUUUCUUUGUAUAAAUAUAAAUCAAUUAAGUUUUAUGAAUACAAAAUAUUUUACAACACACAAAAAGCUUUAUGCAUUGUGAGAUCUUCCAUUUUAGAAAGCUCAUUAAUUUAAUUAAUAAUCUUUCAAAUAAAUUGAUUUAUUAAAGUUGAGAAUUACAAAAUUCAAUUUUUAUUUUUACCAUUUCUUGCUCAAAUUAUUUGUUAUGCUGAUACUUGCUCAUGAAACUAAUGUAUACUUCCACUUUGUUGUUGCCAAUACUGAAUAUUUAAAAAAAAAAAAAAACUUAUGAUUUUUAAAUUAAGAGUAUUGAUAUAUAAUUUCACCAACAUUUGUGUUUAUCAAAUGCUCAUACCCAAAAGAAUAAAAAAUUGAAGCUUAUAAAAAUAAAAUGUUUAAGUCUUGUUAUUUUGAUAUGAAGCCAUCAAUGGUAAAUUUCAUUUUUAUGAAAUUAAGCAAAUGGUCUAAAUAUUAUCCUGAAUUUUCUUUUUAAGAAUUGUGUAAAAAUACUUAAGUAAACAUAUUAUAAAUUAAAUAGAAUUUGAUAAAUGUUGAUAAUUAUAUUAAGAAUUGAAAGAGCAUAUAUUACUUUACAAAUGAUGAGCUAGUCUUAAAUUAUAAAAAUGAGCAUUUCAUAGGGUCAUAGCAAACUAUCUUUCCAACUUUAACAAGCAAUAAAAUCUAAUAUGAAUUUAUUUCUUAAGUUUUGUUGAAUUAAUAGUUUGCACUAUGUAUUAGCUUUUUAUAAGAAAAAAAUUGCAUCUGAUUGCUUGUUAGCACUAAGAUGUUUCAGUGAUUUUGGCUUUGAACAUCAAAAUAAUAUAUUGCCCUGAUAUUUUACACAUAAAUAACUUAUUUAUUUUAUCUGUUUUUGCACGUGAAAGUUGGAAUUUUGAAUAGCCUUAAAUAAAAUUGAGCUAAUAAAAAAAAAUAUCAAACAGUUCCUAAUAAAAUACUAUAAUGCUGUAGUUUUAACUAUUGGGUUCAAUGUUUUUUUUUCUUUAAUUUUAUUAUGUGUUAAAUUAUUUUUUAUUAUUGUUUUACUAAAUAAAAUUAUUAUUUUCUAUUUUAUUGAUCCUUAGAUGCAUAUUAUUAGUAUGUAUAUGCAGGAAUGGACUAAGUGUAUGUUUUUUAGUAUUCUACUAUAUUGCAUUAAAUCAAUUUGCUAUUUCCUGAAAAAAUAUGUCAGAGCCAUUUUGUCAACUUUAGCACAUAUAAUUUAUUUCUAAUUAUAAUGAGUUUAUACAUAAUAUGAACUGGGAGGAAACAGGAUUAAUAAAUAAUUUACUGAAACAUGGUUUAUACAUCCAACAGUCCUGUUAUUAAUAAAUUACAUUUCCAUCUGCAUGCAUUCCUGCACAGCAAAUUAAUUUCUCAUACAUUAUUGCAUGAAAACUUUGUCUUUGAGAGAAAUAUUUUUUCAAAAUUGGCUAUCUGCUUAAGUGCUGUGAAAUUAACUAUUAUUAUCAUCCACAAAACACAUUCUGCCUUAACAUUCUUUAUUUUAUAAUACUGGUAAAAAACAUUCAGAAACAAAACCAAGCUUAAAUUAACCUGUUAACCAGGGAAUAAACUUUUGUCAACUUUUUCUCAUAGUUUUAAGUAAUAUUCUCUUAUCUCAAGUAAUUUCCAUGACCAAAAAUGUUGUCAAGCCCAUUGUGGUAGUAGUUCAUGUAUGAUAAAACAUUUUGUCAUACCCAGUUAAUAGGUUUAAAAGCCUGGUCAAAAAAAUAGGAUGGUGCGAAAAUUUGCUGCAGUUAUUGUUCCUAGAUCAAAAUAUGCUCUGUUCCCAAAAUUUUUAACGUCACUUCAUAUUAAAAAAAAAAAAAAACUUUAUUGCGUGUGUAUCGUUAGCCAAAUGGUUAAGAUAUUGUCUUCUAAUUAGUAUGUCUCUGGUUCUAUUCCUAAUAAAAACUAACUGUUAAAAUUUUUAUAGUUUUUUAAUAUAUAUAGUUUAAAUAAACAAACACAAAACAUUUUUCACUUAAAACAGCAGCAAUGCGUACUGAGUACAAAAUGAAGCCCUGCAUUUAAGAUUUUUUUUUAAUAUGCAUUAAAUAAACCAGAAUUUUAGGGGGUUAUAUUUUGACCCUGAAUCAGUAGUAGCAGCAAAUUUUUGACCCUGCUCUUUAAUUUAAGCUUGGUUUCAAAAGAUAUAUAUAAGUUUGGUAUUUCCCUUGUAAGGUGAAAAUUCAAAUGUCAUACUUCAUGUUGAAAUUUGUAUUAGCUUGGCACAACUAAUAUUGUUGUUCCAACUAUUUAUUGAAAUUAUAAUCCUUUUUUUUUUCUACACUUCCCAGGAAACAAAUUUAAAAAAGAAGCAAUCAUUUCAACUGCAAAUAAUUUAUUUUUAAAAAUAUAAGAAAGUGUACCGAUAGUAAUACAUAAAAUUUAUUUAAAUUUACAGGUUUUAGUAUUUCCUAGGCAGCUUUUCACAUUAAAAAUGUUUGACUAGUACCCUUUUAUUUACAACUACUUCAAUAGUUGCUUAGUAAACUAAAAAGUAGUGAAAUUCUUAAUUGAAAAUCAUAAGCGCUGAAUUAAAAUUGUGGACUGUGACAUCAUUGCUGAUUAUAUGUAAAAAUAUCUUAAUCUUAAUAAAAUUUGAAAAACUUG